AUGAGUGUUCAGCAACCCAAUCCUUUACCUAUUUUAACGAUUGCAGGAACGGAUCCAAGUGGCGGCGCAGGUGUUCAGGCUGAUCUGAAGACAUUUGCCGCACACGGGUGUUAUGGAACAAGUGUCGUAACCGCACUCGUUGCUCAGAACACACAGGGUGUACAAGCUGUACACGCACCUCCACCCGAAUUUGUCGCACAUCAAAUCCGAUGCGUACUAGACGACAUUCCGCCACAAGCAAUCAAGACAGGAAUGCUCGCUGACGCCCCGACUCUACAAGCAAUCCUUCAGACCCUCAGCUCAUUCUACCCGGAAGGCAAGAGCAUGCCACCGCUCGUCAUCGACCCUGUGAUGGUUUCGACAUCUGGUCAUUCGCUACUCGAAUCCUCUGCGAAUGCGUUGAUUAAAGAAGAGUUGGUUCCACUCGCAACGAUGAUCACACCAAACGUUCCCGAGGCCGAGUUAUUGUUAGGACUAGAUCAGGGGAGCAUAACGUCACUUGACACAAUAGUUAAUGCCGCCAAAGGAAUAAGCAAAUUAGGUGCAAGAGCGACGCUCGUCAAGGGUGGACAUUGUAAACUCUCCACUGGUGAUGUUUUAGCUGUCGCAAAAACUCAACAAGAUCCCGAUAGCUUGUACAUCCGAUGGGAUACCGGAACUGGGCCGGACCAGCCUGCUAUUCUUCGCCCGGAUGGGGCCAAGAUACUGGAAGAACAAGACGUAGUUGUCGACGUAUUGCACUUACGGGAUUCGAAAGCAGAUGGUGUCGCUACCACUACAUUGUUCGUCCGCCCGCGGCUGGAAACAACUAGCACACAUGGGACUGGGUGCACAUUGAGUGCGGCGUUGGCAUGUGCAUUCGCUCAAGGCUUGAACCCGUUCGAUGCAACUAUUCAAGCUACCACGUAUUCACAUCAAGCGAUUGCCACUGCUCCCAGUAUUGGCAAGGGACAUGGCCCGCUGAAUCAUACACAUUCAAUCAUACCACGGAUUAUUCCUCAGCCCACACCAGUCAACCCCUAUCCAUUCGUCAGCGCAUUGAUCGGCUCAUGCCCUGGGCUAUGGAAGGACUAUGUCGGGCACCCAUUUGUCACCCAACUUGCCGCCGGAACACUCCCGGCGGAAAGCUUUGUCCACUACCUCAAGCAGGACUAUAUCUACCUGAAACACCAUGCAAGGGCUCAUGGGCUCUUGGCGGCUAAAUCCUCCACUUUCUCAGCUGCUGGUGCAGCAGCGACCAUAGUUCUUCAUAUCGUACGUGAAUCCCAAAUGCACGUCGAUUAUUGCACUCAGUGGGGAGUUACCCCUGAGGAGCUCGAAACUACCCCUGAGCUUCCGGCUACUGCUGCAUAUGCGCGGUAUAUUAUGGAUGUAGGCUACCAGGGGGACGAUUUCAUGUUGAUAAUAGCGGUAGCAUCGUGUUUACUGGGGUACGCAGAGGUUGGAAAGAGGCUAUUGGCUGCUGGGGCAAAUACUGAAGGAAACCCUUACAAGAGGUGGAUGGAAGAUUAUGGGGGCGUAGAGUACCAAGAAGCUACAAGGCGCGGUAUAGAUCUCAUGGAGCAGCGGGCUGCAAAGGACCCGCCUUCGGCCAGCAGGUUCGCGCAGUUGCAAGAUGUUUGGGAAAGAUGUGUCCGCCUAGAGAUUGGAUUUUGGGACAUGGGGCUCAAACCAUAG